CACCAGCCUCUCAUAAGGACUUGUCGGCAGCUCAUUGAUACACCUAACCAACACCUAUCAAACCUUGCCCGAACGUAAUUACAAUCACAAUGUCAAACUUCAUGGCAGAAGCGCCCGAGCCUCCCACCGAGCUGGGCAGGCUCCGCGUCCUCUCGCCCAAUGCAGGUAUUCGGGUGUCUCCCUUGGCUCUCGGCGCCAUGUCCAUCGGUGAAGCCUGGGCAGAGGCAAUGGGUGCCAUGAACAAGGAGCAGUCCUACAAGCUCCUCGACGCCUUCGUCGAGUCCGGCGGCAACUUCAUCGACACAGCAAACGGCUACCAGGACGAGCAGUCAGAAAAGUGGAUUGGCGACUGGAUGAAGGAGAGAGGCAACAGAGAGCAGAUUGUGCUGGCCACGAAGUACACCUCGGACUACCAGAGCCACGCCCUGGGUAAGGGCCACACAGCCAACUUCACAGGCAACCACCGCCGCAGUCUCCACGUCAGCAUCCGGGACUCACUCAAGAAGUUGGGCACGGAUUACAUCGAUAUCCUGUACCUACACUGGUGGGACUACACGACGUCCAUCAAGGAGAUCAUGGACUCUCUCCACAUCCUCGUCGAGCAGGGCAAGGUCCUCUACCUCGGCAUCUCAGACACGCCCGCGUGGGUCGUCAGCGCCGCCAACACGUACGCAGUCGACCACGGCAAGACGCCCUUUAGCGUGUACCAGGGCCGGUGGAGCGUGAUGCACCGCGACUUUGAGCGCGACAUCCUCCCCAUGGCCCACACCUUCGGCAUGGCCCUGUGCCCGUGGGACGUACUGGGCUCCGGCAAGUUCCAGUCGAAAAAGGCGCUGGAGGAGCGCAAGAAGGCCGGCGAGGGUCUGCGGUCCUUUGUCAGCACCGGCGAGCAGACGGAGAUGGAGGUCAAGAUGAGUGAGGCGUUGGAAAAGGUGGCGGGCGAGCACGGCACGGAGAGCGUGACGGCUAUUGCCCUUGCCUACGUCCGCAGCAAGGCGCCGAAUGUGAUUCCCAUCGUGGGCGGGCGCAAGGUCGAGCACUUGAAGGCCAAUAUUGAUGCGCUCAGGAUCAAGCUCACGGAUGAGCAGAUUACGUUCUUGGAAAGCGUCAAGCCUUUUGAUGUCGGCUUCCCUGGUAACUUCUUGGGCCCAGAUCCUAAUAUUACUGGAAAGUCGUUCAGGCUGGCGCGCGCCUCACAGAUGUCGUUCCCGAAUGCAGGCAGGCAGACGAGUAUCUAA